AUGAACUCUGGCAGUCAUCAUAAGUCAGAGGGUGAAGUAUCACGGCUCGUUAAAGAUGUGAUCCAGGCGAACGACUUUGAUCCAAGGGACUUGGAUGGGUUUUCGCUCAAGAAGAGCUUGCACGCUUGGGACAACAACAGUGGAAAGAGGACCGUUACCUUUCCAGAUGACUGGUUAGAGACAGGUAUCACCCUUGACAUACCUACGAAGUCCAAGGACGAGCCAUUCAGGCCAUUCAACAUUCCGGGGUUUCAUUAUAGGCCACUCGUAGGAGUGAUGUGUUCUGCAUUUGCUGACAUCCAGGGCAAUGUGUUCCACCUUCUGCCCUUCCAGUGCCUUUGGAAAGAUCCUUUGGACAGCCAUCAAGAAUACAUAUUCGAUGAGCUCUAUACCUCUGACUCCUGGUUAGCAGUCCAGGAUGACCUGCAGAGGCAGCCAAGGGAACCCGGCUGCUCACUCGAAUACAUCAUCACUGUACUUAUGUUUUUUUCUGAUGCGACUCAUCUUGCGAACUUCAGAAUGGCCAAGGCUUGGCCCCUUUAUCUCUACUUCAGAAAUUUAACCAAGUAUGUGCGCUCAGCACCCAAAUCUGGUGUGUGCUAUCUGGUCGGAUUUUUACCCUUGGUAGGUUAA